CGCCUGUCAGACAAAGAUUACCAACCUGCCAAGCGUCUGAAACCUCGCCGGCUGACGAAAUAUUUUUGACAUGGCAAAGAUUUUGAUUAGUAAAGAGAAACCUGCACUUUCUGCAGUGCUUAGUGCUUUACAGAUAAAAGCAUGUGGGAAAAAUGUUCCAUGGGAGUUUGGCAAGAUUAAUGAGCUGUCUGUUGAUGGUUCUAGCCUGUUUUCUUGCUCAGCUUCAAUUUUGAGGUACCUUGGAAGAGCUUUUCCAGAGACAAAUCUUCUAGGGAGUUCUGUGCUUGAAAGAACUGAGGUUGACCACUGGCUGUGUUUUGCAUGGGGCCGACUAGCGUGCAGCACAGACUUUCCUGCAGCCAUCAAGUAUCUGGACUCAGUAUUGGAGCCAGUUACGUACCUUGUGGGCGGAGCCAUUUCUGCUGCUGAUUUCGCUGUCUGGGAAAACCUCUAUGUGAGCAGUUCUUGGCAGACACAGCUUGAGAAAGGCACAGCCCCGCCCAACGUUGCUCGCUACUUCAACUUCCUGUCCGCUCAGCCUCUCUUCAAGGAAGUGACAGCAAAGUUCCCGGCGGCAAAGCCACGGGCUUCCCCUGAGAAAAAACCAGCUGCUGACUCUGCUAUGAAGAAGGAUGUUGGCAAGUUUGUGGACUUGCCUGGGGCAGAGAUGGGCAAGGUUGUUGUUCGCUUCCCGCCAGAGGCGAGCGGCUACCUGCACAUCGGACACGCCAAGGCUGCACUCAUCAACCAGUUUUACCAGGAGAACUUCAAGGGCACCCUUAUCAUGAGGUUUGAUGACACAAACCCUGCCAAGGAGAAUGAAGAGUUUGAGAAGGUUAUCCUGAAGGACUUGGAGAUGCUGGGAGUGAAGUAUGACAGGUUCACGCACACUUCGGACCACUUUGACAAGCUUCUGGAACUCUGUGAGCGAAUGAUACGGGAGGGAAAGGCGUACGUCGAUGAUACGGAACCAGAACAGAUGAAGAAAGAGAGGGAAGAGAGGGUGAACUCAAAAAACUGGGAUAACAGUGUUGAAAAGAACCUUUCCAUGUGGCAAGAGAUGGUCAAAGGUUCCCCUGCAGGGAAGAAGUGCUGUGUGCGUGCUAAGAUGAACAUGAAGUCCGACAAUGGGUGCAUGCGGGACCCAACAAUGUUCCGGUGUAAGAUCGAAAGCCACGUGCGCACUGGAACCAAAUACAAGGCAUACCCAACCUAUGACUUUGCCUGCCCAAUAGUGGACAGCGUUGAAGGGGUUACCCACGCCAUGAGGACCACAGAGUACAAUGACAGGAAUGACCAGUACUUCUGGUUCCUCGAUGCUUUAGGUAUGAGAAAGCCGUACAUAUACGCCUACAGUCGUCUAAACCUGCAGAAUACCGUGCUGUCCAAGAGAAAACUGACCUGGUUUGUGGACCAGGGACUUGUAGAUGGAUGGGAUGAUCCAAGAUUUCCAACAGUACGAGGUGUGUUGAGACGUGGAAUGACUGUCGAAGGCCUGAAACAGUUUAUUGUAGCCCAGGGCUCCUCCAAGUCCGUCAACAUGAUGGAGUGGGACAAGAUUUGGGCAGUAAACAAAAAGGUGAUAGACCCAGUGGUUCCUAGGUUUACAGCUCUACUUGCCAGUGAGGCUGUGGUCGUCAACGUUAAAGGAGCCAGUGACGGCUACAAGGAUGUCCAAAAACACCCAAAGAACGAAGCUGCAGGGACAAAGAAGGUGUACCUGUCUAGCAAGCUGUACAUUGAUGGAGCAGACGCUGAGGUUGUCAGCGAGGGGGAGAUGGUCACGUUUAUUAACUGGGGAAAUAUCAACAUCUCCAAGAUACACAGGUCGGGAGGCAAGAUAACUUCAAUAGAUGGAGAGCUUAAUUUGAGCAAUAUGGACUUCAAGAAGACGCAGAAGAUCACAUGGCUUGCGGAGUCUAACGUUGCAGACUUUACUCCUACAGUGUGCGUCCACUAUGACCACAUCAUCAGCAAACCCAUUCUCGGCAAAGAAGAGGACUUCAAACAGUUUGUCAACGCUGACUCGAAGUCCGAGUUUGUGAUGCUUGGAGACCCUUGUCUGGCGGAGCUGAAGAAGGGGGAGAUAAUUCAGCUACAGCGACGUGGUUACUACAUCUGUGACCAGCCCUACCAGCCCGUCAGCCGUUACACAGGCAAAGCGAGCCCCUGUGUUUUGUUCAUGAUCCCGGACGGCCACACCAAGGAGAUGCCAACCUCAGGCUCUAAACACAAGGAAGAAGCAAGCAAGAAAGAGAAAGCUCAAAGCCAGAAGGGCAAGGCCGCAGAAAAGUCCCCCCAGGAGGAACAAGCCCCACCCUCUGGCAUGAAUGCAGACCCUGCCCAGCUGUACGCCAAGGUCACAGAGCAGGGCAACACUGUCAGAGACCUGAAGGCUGCCAAAGCUGCUAAGGCUGACAUAGAUGUUGCAGUGAAAGCUCUUCUAGACUUGAAGGCCAAGUACAAGACUGCCACAGGCAAGGACUGGAAACCAGGUCAGGCCCCUGUUGCCAUGGCAGCUCCUGUUGUCACGGCGACCAGCAAUGCUGCUGGAGAUUUGAACCAGAAAAUCACAGAUCAGGGAGAUGUUGUCAGAGACCUCAAGGGCAAGAAAGCUGCUAAGACUGACAUAGAUGCUGCUGUGAAAGCUCUUCUCGACUUAAAGGCCCAGUACAAAGCUGCCACAGGCAAGGACUGGAAACCCGGUCAGGCCCCUGUUGCCACAGCAAAACCAGCUGCUGCCCCAGCAACAGGCAAUGUUGGGGGAGAUUUGGACCAGAAAAUCACAGAACAAGGAAACUUGGUCAGAGACCUCAAGGGCAAGAAAGCUGCCAAGGCUGAUGUAGAUGCUGCAGUCAAAGCCCUUCUCGACUUGAAAGCCCAGUACAAGGCUGCCACAGGCAAAGACUGGAAACCAGGUCAGGCCCCUGUUGCCAUGGCUUCUCCUGCUACUGCCCCAGCAACUGGCAAUGCUGCAAGUGACCUUAACAACAAGAUCACAGAACAAGGGAACUUGGUCCGAGACCUCAAGGGCAAAAAAGCUGCAAAGGCUGACAUAGAUGCAGCAGUCAAGACCCUUCUCGACUUAAAGGCCCAGUACAAGUCUGCCACAGGCAAAGACUGGAAACCAGGUCAGGCCCCUGUUGCCAUGGCAACUCCUGCUUCUUCCCCGGCAACUGGCAAUGCCUCAGCUGACCUUAACAACAAGAUCACAGAACAAGGAAACUUGGUCAGAGACCUCAAGGGCAAAAAGGCUGCCAAGGCCGACAUAGAUGUUGCAGUUAAAGCUCUUCUAGACUUAAAGGCUCAGUACAAGGCUGCCACAGGCAAGGACUGGAAACCCGGUCAGGCCCCUGUUGCCACAGCAACUCCUACUGCUGCCCCGGCAACAGGCAAUUCAGCGGUAGAUUUGAAUGACAAGAUCACUGCACAGGGAAAUGUUGUCAGGGAAAUAAAGAGCAAAAAAGCGGACAAGGCUGCUGUAGAUGCUGAAGUGAAGAAACUUCUCCAAUUGAAGGCUGAUUACAAGGCAGCCACUGGCCAGGACUGGAAACCAGGAGUGAGUGGAGCAAACGUUCAGGGGGCAGGAUCUAAACAAGGCAAGGGCGCGGAGCCAGCAGGGGCACCAAGAGGGGAAAUGGCAGACGGUCCAGAAGCGGUUGCUCUCAGGGAAAAGAUUGAGGCCCAGGGUGGAAAAGUCAGGGAUCUGAAGGCUGCCAAAGCUGCCAAAGAUGUGGUAGACAAGGAGGUGUCCACCUUGCUCUGCUUGAAAGCCCAGUACAAGACCCUGACAGGGGAGGACUUGCCAGCAGCGGGUAGACAGGACAAGAAAAAGGGCAAAGGAGACAACCAGGGCAAGAAGGGAGAUAAUAAGGAGAACAAGGGAGAUAAGCAAGGGAAAAAGCAGGAAAAGGCCCAGAACGAAAGCAAGAAUGCUGAGGAGGCUGCCGCAGAGCACAGUAAGAAACAGAGCAGACUGGGUCUUGAAGCCAAAAAGGAAGAAAAUCUCUCAGACUGGUAUUCUCAGAUCAUCACGAAGGCUGAACUGAUUGAGUAUUACGAUGUCAGUGGUUGUUACAUCCUGAGGCCCUGGUCUUACUCUAUAUGGGAGGUUAUCAAGGAUUUCUUCGAUACAGCAAUUAAGAAACUGGGCGUGGAGAACACAUACUUCCCGAUGUUUGUGUCAAAUGCUGCCCUGGAGAGGGAGAAAACGCACAUUGAGGACUUCGCUCCUGAGGUAGCAUGGGUGACGAGAUCUGGGAAAUCUGAACUUGCCGAGCCAAUAGCCAUUCGACCGACUAGUGAAACUGUCAUGUACCCGGCGUACGCAAAGUGGAUAAAGUCUCAUAGGGACCUGCCCCUUAAACUGAACCAGUGGUGUAAUGUAGUGCGAUGGGAGUUCAAACACCCACAGCCGUUCCUGAGAACUCGUGAGUUCCUGUGGCAGGAGGGACACACAGCCUGGUCAAACAAGGAUGAUGCAUGUGAGGAGGUGUACACGAUCUUAGAGCUGUAUGCCCAGGUGUAUGAGCACUUGAUGGCCAUCCCAGUUGUGAGGGGCAGGAAGACUGAGAAGGAAAAGUUUGCUGGUGGAGAUUUUACAACCACCGUCGAGGCUUAUAUCUCAGCCAGUGGCCGGGCUAUACAGGGUGCUACCAGUCACCAUCUUGGUCAAAACUUCUCCAAGAUGUUUGAGAUUGUAUACGAGGAUCCGGAGACACGAGACAAGAAGUACGUGUUCCAGAACUCGUGGGGAAUUACGACUCGAACCAUCGGAGUCAUGUGUAUGGUGCAUGGGGACAAUCAAGGUCUCGUGCUCCCACCUAGGGUCGCCUGCCUACAGGCUGUGAUAGUGCCUUGUGGGGUAACAGCUUCCCUGUCAGAGGCGGAUACCAACAAGCUUAUGUCGGCGUGUGAGGCCCUAAAGUCCUCACUAGAAGCUGGAGGAGUGAAAGUGAAAGCUGACCUUCGAGAUAAUUACUCUCCUGGAUGGAAGUUUAACCACUGGGAAUUGAAGGGCGUACCACUGCGAAUGGAGCUGGGUCCACGAGACAUGAAACAAAACCAGGUUGUGAUCGUACGUCGAGACACGGGCGAGAAACUUACCAUGAAGAACGAUAAUCUUGUGCAACAGGUCAAAGAUCUCCUUGAGACAAUCCAGAAGGAUAUGUUUGACAAAGCCAAGAAGGACCUAGACUCCAAUAUGACCGUGUCACAUAAUUGGGAUGAAUUUUGCAAUGGCCUCGACCAAAACAAACUUAUCCAGGCGCCAUUUUGCGGAGAAAUACCAUGUGAAGAUGCAAUAAAGAAGGAUAGCGCUAGGGAUGUUGUGGUAGAGGAAGGAGCCCCUGCUAUGGGGGCAAAGGGGCUGUGCAUCCCCUUCAAGCAACCCCAAGAGCUGGCCAAGGGGUCCAAGUGUAUACACCCAGGCUGCAAUCGCGAGGCCAAGUUUUAUACAUUGUUUGGACGCAGCUAUUAGUUCCUUAUUUUUGAAAAUACCAAGAUGUGUUUUUUGAAAAUACCAAGAAUAAAACUACUGGAAAAAGACUACAUGUUUAAGAUUUAGAACAUCAUCUCAUCAGUUCCAUAGGGCCUUUAAGGACUAAUGUUAAAGUGUUUAGACAAAACUGUAUUAAAUUAUUGAAUUCCAAUCAAAGGUUUAAGUAUCAAUAUUGUCCUUCAAAGAAAGAUACAACUCACAUCAUGAGCCACACUGCCUUUGAACUUUAAAGGUUUGAGUGUUUUCGACAGCUCUAGUAGAUUUUUUAAAGAUUGAUAUAUUUGCUUUAUUCCCGUCGAAAAUUUUGUUAUUUUGUUAAGGAAUUGCACAAUCAUGAUAAAAUAUUACAUCGUUAUUAGUAUGUUGCCUACCAUUUUCUUUCAUAUAAUUUCCAGAAUCACAUAAAAUUAAUGCAUUUUACCCUGUACUUUCCACAGCAUGUAUUAAUGUGGACUUUUCUGCCAGAUUUGCUUUAGGCUUUAUUGACGAUGUUAGAAAUGUAUUUAUUGCAGUCUCUAGUGCUUUCUCUGGAAAGGGGAUUUAUCAUUUGUUUUAGAAUCAGUGCUGUUCAAGAUUAUAUGUUUCUUUUUACCAUGACUUUACAUUAAUUAUCAGGGGUCUUAAGAUCACAAUUAAUUCAUUUUCAUUCAUCAGAGGUUUGAUAAUGAUAAAAAUAACGCAUAGCAUUAUCACUCUGGUGUACGCAUAGCAUUAUCACUCUGGUGUACGAGAAUGCAUUGAUCAUGAAUUGAGAGAUUUGAACUUCAGAAUAUUGUAAAGAUGUAAAGAUUGUUUUUCCCCUCUAAAAUAUGCAUCGAAACAGUAGUAAGUACAUUGGAAUGAAUAUAAAUCGCCUUCAAAACAAAUAUUAUUUCGAUUUUCUAUUCACGUUCGAAACAACGAGUUAUAAACCCUUUAUCAUGCUUUGGGGAUGAAUUCCUCUUACUCAGACAGCCAGCUAUUUUUCUGGAUUGACUGCAUGCUAGGGUUUAUAAUUAUGUCCGCGAUACCACCUUUAAGAAUAUGUCCUAUACAAUGAUAACUGUAAAUGACCCGUCCUUUUUUGUUGGUGAAUGCACGUUUUGUUACUGCUAGAAAAUAAAAUACGAUA